AUGGACGAGUAUACUGGUGUCCCAAUGGACGAGUAUAUUGGUGUCCCAAUGGACGAGUAUACUGGUGUUCCAAUGGACAAGUAUAUUGGUGUCCCAAUGGACGAGUAUACUGGUGUCCCAAUGGACGAGUAUACUGGUGUUCCAAUGGACGAGUAUACUGGUGUCCCAAUGGACGAGUAUACUGGUGUCCCAAUGGACGAGUAUACUGGUGUUCCAAUGGACGAGUAUACUGGUAUCCCAAUGGACGAGUAUACUGGUGUCCCAAUGGACGAGUAUACUGGUGUUCCAAUGGACAAGUAUAUUGGUGUUCCAAUGGACAAGUAUAUUGGUGUCCCAAUGGACGAGUAUACUGGUGUUCCAAUGGACGAGUAUACUGGUGUCCCUCAAGAUGGAAAAACUGAACUAAGUCAUAACUGA